AUGGUGAACCCGCCUGCGAUAGGAGCUGGUCAGGCUCUUAAUGGUGCCAACAAGCCCCUCACCACCACAAGAGUCAAUGGCAAUACUCCCAAUGUCGGUCCUCCCUCCAUCCCAUACAGCGCUCGUCGCGAACACAGAAGGCUUGACCUGCAUACUGUCGAACGAAAAGGCGAUCCUCUAGCUCGCGAUCCUCCUCCAAGACCACGUCCGUAUGGCUUAACAGAAGCACCUACCUUUCGUCCUACUGAAGCCGAAUUUCGCGACCCUAUGGAAUAUAUCAGGAGUAUAUACGACAAGGCAAGCAAAUAUGGAAUCUGUAAGAUUGUUCCUCCGGAUACCUGGGAUCCUGACUUCGCUAUCGAUUCGGAGAAGUUUCAUUUCCGUACUCGGAAGCAAGAGAUAAACCUUGUGGAGGGUUCCAAUAGAACAAACUUGAAUUACUUGGAUCAACUUGCAAAGUUCCACAAGCAGUAUGGAACUCACCUCAAUCGGUUCCCGAGUGUCGAUAAGAGACCGCUUGAUCUCUACAAGCUCAAGAAGGCCGUUGAGGUUCGUGGCGGUUUCCAGAAUGUAUGCAAGGACAAGAAGUGGGCUGAGAUUGGACGAGACUUGGGUUAUAGUGGCAAGAUCAUGUCGUCCUUGUCAACCUCGCUCAAGAAUUCGUAUCAGCGAUGGCUACAUCCAUAUGAAGAGUGGCUCAAGUAUGCGAAGCCUGGUGUACAUCAGCAGAUGGAGUUCGAGUACAAUGCUACUGCUGGUGGUUCGUCUUAUUCUCCAGGUCUAUCUCAAACACAAUCACCCAUGAAUAUUCCUGCGCCUUCUCAGUCAGCACCGCCAGCCUUUACUGGUGGCUCACCAACGGUUCAGGCUUCGAUAGCUCUGAAUGCGUCGAUGGACACUCCUCGACCGCAAGCUAGCAUACAUUCACCUGCUUCAGCUGCCAUACAUCGCCCGGCAUCCUCGAGUGGACCCAUCGCUAUGAAUGGAAGUGGUUUCGCGGCUGUUAACGGUUCUGGUUUUACAGCAAUAAACCACCCUUUACAGAGCUCUGUAAAGCCUGAACCACAUGCGCCAGUCCCUUCAGCACCAAUAGUGACCACAAUCGACAAUUCCAACGGAUAUUCGACGCAUCCACCAGAUUCUAGCCCCGGUCUGAGUGUCAGGAAUCCAUUGAAGCGUGCUCUGAGUCACGAGAGUCUCAACGGUGACGACAGCUCUGAAGGCGUCAACGGCGACGCUCAUGGCAAUGAUAGACGACCGAAGCGAUCCAAGAAAGACGUGCUAGUGCCAAAUCCACCUAUCCUCAGUGUACGGCCAUCAACACCACAAGCCAAGGGCAAAUCAACUGUACGCAGACAUGGUGAUAGGUGCGAGCACUGUUCGCAGUCACACGACAAGCCAAAUAUCCUUAUCUGCGACAGCUGCGACCUUGGCUAUCAUCGUUACUGCGUCGAUCCUCCAUUAACGGUCGUUCCCGAUUACGAAUGGCAUUGCUCUAAAUGUCUUGUUGGCAGCAAUGACUAUGGAUUCGAGGAGGGCAAUAUCUACUCGUUGCGAUCUUUUCAAGAAAAGGCAAACAGCUUCAAGGAGAACUACUUUGCUGCACGUUUACCACCAGACCAUAAUGGUCAGUUACACCCUCCCACAGAAGAUGAGGUUGAGCGUGAAUUUUGGCGCUUGGUCGAGGACGUUACAGAGUCCGUCGAGGUCGAAUAUGGUGCUGACAUUCACUCCACUACACACGGUAGUGGCUUUCCAACGAUCGAGAAGAAUCCUCUCGAUCCUUACUCGCGAGAUCCCUGGAACCUGAACGUAAUGCCCUUCCAUCCUGAGUCCCUAUUUCGGCACAUCAAGGGCGACAUAUCUGGCAUGACAGUACCCUGGCUAUAUGUUGGAAUGUGUUUCUCAACAUUCUGCUGGCACAAUGAAGAUCAUUACGCAUACUCAGCAAAUUACCAGCACUUUGGCGCUACUAAGACCUGGUAUGGUAUACCGGGAUCCGACGCCCUAGCUUUCGAGGCUGCAAUGCGAGAAGCUGUGCCCGAAUUGUUUGAAUCACAACCUGACCUGCUCUUCCAGCUUGUGACCAUCUUGCCUCCGAACCAGCUUAGGAAGGCAGGAGUCAAUGUCUACGCAUUAGACCAACGAGCUGGCCAAUUCGUCAUCACAUUCCCGCAAGCCUACCACGCAGGGUUCAAUCACGGCUUCAAUCUCAACGAAGCCGUCAACUUUGCACCAGCAGAUUGGGAGCCCUUUGGUGAUGAAGGUGUAUUGAGGUUGCAACAGUUCAAAAAGAACCCCUGCUUCUCGCAUGAAGAACUCCUCUUUACCGCUGCUGCAUCAGAUACUUCUAUCCACACCGCGAAAUGGUUGGCCCCUGCUCUUGAACGUGUUCGAGACCGUGAGCUGGCUUGUCGAGAAAAAUUCACGGCUCGUCACAAGGAGAUCCUACCGCACAAAGACUGCACCUUUGACACACUGGCAGAAGAUGUACCUGAUGAUUGCGGUUUGCAUAUUCUGGUCCAAGAUGAAAACCUUGAGGAAGAAGACUAUCAGUGCAGCCAUUGUAAAGCCUUCUGCUACCAGUCACAAUUCCGAUGUGAGAAGACCAGAAGAAUAAGCUGCCUGCUACAUCCAGAACUUCUCGACUGCUGCGAGGUACCACCGGAACAACGUCUUCACGAUUCUCGUCACAUUGUUAUCAUAAGACACACCAACCUUGAAUUGUCGCAACUUGUCCAGAAAGUGGUGACAAAGUCAAAUGUGCCAAAAGUCUGGGAUACGAAGUUAGAGAGUCUACUUGAUGGUGAAGCUCGACCAGCUCUAAAGGCUCUACAAAAUCUGCUAGCUGAAGGCGAAAAGAUAGACUACCCGCUGGAAGGAUUACGAGACCUCGCUGAGUUUGUUCGAAAGUGUAACCAAUGGGUCGAUGAAGCGAAUGUCUAUGUUGCACGUAAGCAGCAGAACAGACGCAAGAAUGAGAAAGCUUGGCGCCGAUCUUCUACCCGGACCGGCAAGGCAGAAGAGAGAGAUGCUGAGCCUCAAUUGAGCCUUGAUAGGAUGAAGCAACUCAUUGAAGAUGGUGAACAGCUCGGCUUUUCAGCGCCACAGAUGGAAGCACUUCAGGAUAAGCUCGUUGCCAUCGACGACUGGCGUGAAGGUGUCAAGCAAGUCUUCGAAGGUCGUAUCAGGAAGUCUGCCGAAGAGUUGGAGAACAUGCUCGAUGAAGGACGAAGCUUCAUGAUGGGCAUGGCCGAGCUGACCAAUCUUGAGAAGUUGCAUCAACGAGCCGAGUGGAGUGAUCUCGUCGAGAAGUCAAGGGAAGACAUGCACAAUCAAACUCUCGAUGGUUGUAGAGAUCUUCUACAACGUUCGAUUGACCUUGGUAUCAUUCAGACACAUCCUCAGGUCGAAUUCUUGCAAGGAAUGGUCCGAAAGGGCGAUCUUUGGGAGAUCAAAGCCAAAGAGAUCAUGGCGACGGAAGACGUGCAUUACCCCCAGCUCGAGGCACUUCACUCACAGGUUCAGGUACAAUCCUUCCCGGUCAACAAGGAGACUUUGGCACAAAUGGAUGGGAUCUUAGCCAAGAAUCGCGAGGCCAAGCGUCAAAUCAUUACUCUUGUAGAGAAGAGCAGCGAUCCGGACCCUAGAAAACGCCCUACCUAUAUCCAUGUUCGUGACGUGAUGAAGACCUUGGAUGAACUGAACGGAAAGCCACAUGGUGCUGCGGAUCUCGAGAAACAGGUGAAGAAGCACGAAGACUGGAUGCGAAAAGGCAAGAAACUGUUCGGCAAAGCAAAUGCGCCCUUGCACAUUCUGGAACAGCAUAUGAAGUCCGUGGAGCAGAGAAACAGCUUCUGUUUUGAUCUCAAUGAUACUCAUCGUGCACCAGUAGAGCCUGCAUCACGAGAAGCAAGCCCUGGAGAAGGUCAUGAAGAACGACCCGGCCUGAACGACGAUGAGAAGCCGGUCUUCUGCUUAUGUCGUCAACCUGAAGCUGGUCUCAUGAUCGAAUGUGAAAUCUGUCAUGAUUGGUAUCAUGCAAAAUGUCUAAAGUUGGCACGUGGCAAGGUCAAGGAGACAGAGAUGUUCACCUGUCCGAUCUGUGAUUGGCGUGUCAAGAUACCUCGAGAUGCGGCACGACCAAAGCUCGAGGAUCUCCAAGCCUGGGCAGAUGAGAUACCCGGUCUUCCCUUCCAGCCAGAAGAAGAAGAUCUGCUCAAUCGAAUCAUCGACAAGGCACAAUCUUUUCGGGACUUCCUAUCGCAGUACACAAAUGGCAACCAGCUCUGUAGGACAGCUGAGGAAAUGCCUGAAAUGCUGUUUUACUUGAGGAAGAUAGAAGGUGCUGAGGUCUUGCUGGCAUAUGAGACGAACGUCUUCAGGCAAGAGCUACAUAAAUUCAGACCUAUCGCACCAGAGCCACCACCUAUCCUGGACCAGAGUUUGUCAACCAGGAAGCCUCGCCCUACUAAACAGCAGAAGCUGAUGAAGGAGCAUGGCGUGGUAAAGCCAGAAGAUCUACCUCCGCAUCUGCUAACCAAGGGCACUAUGCGACGAAAGCCUACAGAGUCAUAUCCUACUGGCCCUCUGAUGCCACGGCCACUCAAUGGCUCUCCUGCAGCUGGCGGUUCUGUGGAUAGUCCUGCGCAAACACUGACUCAAGAUGCGGACCCGAACGUUACUCACUCUGGCCCCAUCACAGCUAAUCGUCUGCCAAAUGGUACUGGACCUAUUUUCACGAACAACUUUUCAGCUACUGGAGAUGACUAUGUUGAGACUACUCCUUCGCCAAUGUUCAGUCCAACCAGUGAUCAGCCUCAUAAGUUGAGAGAUGCCAUGGUAUCAGCUGCUAUUGCCAGGAGGGUUUCAAGUGGUAGAGACGCCGACCCUUCUUUCCCACUUUUCCACAACAAUGUCGAUGGAGAAGAUGAUCUUCGAGCAGGUCUGGCUGGCACAUCUACAGAUGAUGAUAUGGGUCACGAGGCACGAUCCCCGGCUGAAGGAGAGUAUGGUGAGUUCUUCCGAGAGAUGACCAACCAGGAAGAGGACGCCGCUAGUGACGGUCCACCAGCCCUCGAGCACGAGACAAGUCAGGCUGAAGAGGCGCUUGACCUAAUGAAAGCAACUGAGGAUGUAAAGGACAGUGAUCCUAAGGACAAUGUCGGCUUAGGUCUGGUCGACCUCGACGGCAACAUUGAAGAGAGCUAG